GUCACAUGGAGCCUGGACUCUGGACGGGGAUCCCCCGACGCCCUCCCCUACCCCGAGCUAAACUGGAUCGCUGGUUUCUUCGGGGCCUCGCCAAGACCCAACGCUCGACCAACCAUCACUCGACCAAAAAAUGUUCAGACACCUCCAAAAGCGACAAAAGUUCUCGAAAACCCAUCCUGGGAGCUUACCGACAGCUGGAUCCGACUCAGAUUCCUCAUCGGAUUCGGAUUCAGAUUCAGACUCGUCGACAGCCAGUCAAGAGCAAUCUUCUGAAGGCAGCGGAGAAGAAGAUCAACCAAGCUCAGAUUCCGAUGAAGCGGAGACGGAUGACGGAAAAAGAAAAAAGCGAGGUGCGAGGAUUCCAGAAAGCCUACUAGAAGUUUUGGACAACCCGAUUAUCUAUCCCGGCGACGAUGAUGGCACAGAUCACGAGGAUUCGGAAUCUGCUGAUGCCAGUGAUAGCGAAGGAUCUACAUCAAACAAGCAAUCCACUCAUCACUCCCAAGCUCAAACAAAGGCAUUUCCCAUUUGCCUGGUUUGCCCCGGAAAAAUUCUCAAGACAGACAAGUUGCUUGAGGAGCACGUGAAGGGUCAGGCUCAUACGCGCAGGCUAGCUCGUUACAAAGACUUUAUCCAUAAUCCGCCCCCUCAUACUUCACUGUCGCCUGAUGCAUCAGAAGUGAUCGAACUGAUUGACGCCCUCAUCGGCCCACCUCCGGUCGUCCCAGCAGGCUACGUUCAACCCAAUAAAAAACAGAAACGAAAGAAACGAAAGUUGGUGAAACGUACUCAAUCUGAGGAGGAAAAAUCAAGCUCUCACAGUCUCAAAUCUGCUAGCCAAGAAGAUCCUAACUCCGAAUCCAAAAAAACUACCCGGCAAAAAAACAAAUCUAAAAAACGCCAGAGGGUCAGGAAAGGAAAGCGGGAGCGACAAGAAGGGCUUGCCAGGAGCGGGAAGGCCGAUAUCCCAUGAUCUGAUCCAGGCAAUGGUAACAAUGCCCAUGACCGACGCCGCUAAGGCAAUGAUCCAAUCAGACAUAUCUCUUGAUAUUUCUGAAUCGCAUCACAAGAUCAAACAUGCAGCAAUCGAUUACCAGGCGCAUUUUCUUUUCAAACGAUUGAUUUUGUUACAGCGCUACUAGCAUAACUUUGCUAGAGGCGGCUUAGAGCCGUUUAUGAUAAAAAAUGCCCAGAAUUAUGAUCCAGCCCCUGUACAGACAUGCCUGUAGCCUGGAUGUAAAAAUCGGAAUCAAAAUUGAUUUCAGUGCGUGCAUAAAUUAACACUGUGAGAAUG